AGAGGAGGAAGGCAGAGGCAUGUAAAGAACACAGAGAAUGCAGAAAAAGCAGACUUGGGUUUCAUUUUCAUUUGCAGGAAAACGUGUGCAUGUCGACCGGAUGAAGCAGCCCUGUAGGAUAAGCCAAGUGUGGCGACGACUCGAACAGGCAGCUCAUUCAUAACUAACGCCGCACUGAUGACGAAGACGAAUAGAAAAAAAGUGCGACUCUUCUUUUGCUGAUCAUGGAUCACUUUGUUUAAUUCUCUCGCUCCAGUUCAAACACAUUUACUGUCAAGUGCAAGUUCGUCUCACGAGGUGGAUGGAAUGCCUGACGAAAGAAAACUAUUGACGGCUACUGAGAAAUGGAAACCAAGGAAAGUCUGACUGCAUGCGAAUAAACCCAGCACCGUCGCCCCAUCUGUUCUUCGGAUGCUGCGAGCUCUUUUACGCCAUGUCUUGAUUGAAGCAUCGGAAUCUCGCAAUGACGGACUGAGUGGAGUUGUUUUGCUUUGUAGGCUGCUUCUGCAGCCGUCAAGUCUUUCCGGAUCAGCUGAGUGGAGAUGGUUUGUCUUUGCAGAUAUUUUAGAACCAACCAUCCAACUCUCUGACUAAACCCGAUGGAACUUUCAUGGUGUUUAAACCUUAGACCUCUGCUGGACUUGAGCAUCAGUGGGGUUUUUUUUCUUUCUACUGGGAGUGGUUCUUGUGUGAAGGACGGUAUUUGUGUCGAAAAUGGUUGCUGUCUUUUAAAUAAUGCUUAAGAGGAGAAGGUCCUUAACAUUCUUCUAUUUUUAUCCCCGAAGCUGCCAUUUUCAUCACUAAAAGCCCACCGGUAGUGAAGAGCCAGCCAGAGGUUUCCAUAGAAAUCGGUCUUUAUGGAAAUCCACAGAUAGGUUAGCAGAGGAACGCCGAUGGUGCGAUGCUACACGUCCUUGUCUGGAGGCGCUCAGUGCCAAAAAAAAAAACAGUGUUUAAUCUGUGAUGAAUAAUUAAUUGAGAGAGGGUCUUCAGUCAAUGGGCGAGAUCAUACGGCAAACAUCAUCAACGUAGGACAAGUGUUGAACUUUGGAGAUCCACGGACAAGCUUUUUUUUUUUUUUUUGGAAGAUCUACAUGCCCCUGAUUUGAAAUAGAUAAGAAGAUACGGUGUUGUGUAUUUUUUAUUUUUAUUUUUUCCUGAAAACUUGCACCCAAGCAUGAAGACUCUCAAAGCUGUUUAAGAACUGUUCUGUUGCUUGACUUGCUAAGUUUAUCAGUCCGACACAUUAGUGCCAUUCUGACUGAUGGUUAUGGUAUGAGGGACAACUGAUGAGCAAGUCUGUGAGAACUGAACUUUCUCCUCUCGUUUAUCCCUGCGGCUGCCUGUUCAUGGCACAUUUCUGUCUCCCACUCGAGUGGGUGAACUGAAAGUGCCCGUCCUUGCCCCAGGUCUUUGCGUAGAGGCUUUACCCCAGAAUCUUGGGUUGACUACUCAUUUGUCUUUCUUAAAAAAAAAGCAUAUCUAAAGCUGGUUUCUGGAGGACCACACAAUGGACGACUCCAGUAUUCUAAGACGGCGAGGCCUCCAGAAGGAGCUGAGCCUUCCGCGAAGAGGCAGUUUUUGUCGGACGAGCAACAGGAAGAGCCUGAUCGUGACCUCCAGCACCUCUCCCACUCUACCCAGACCUCACUCACCACUACACGGACAUACCGGGAGCAGCCCCCUGGACAGCCCACGCAAUUUCUCCCCGAACACUGCAGCCCACUUCUCCUUCGUGCCCGCCCGCAGUCACGGGCACAGGGCUGACAGGACGGAUGGCCGGCGCUGGUCUCUCGCCUCUCUGCCCUCUUCAGGGUACGGAACCAACACUCCCAGCUCAACAGUUUCAUCAUCAUGUUCAUCCCAGGAGAAGCUGCACCAGUUGCCCUUUCAGCCCACUGCAGACGAGCUGCACUUCCUCACCAAGCACUUCAGCUCCGAGAGCAUCACUGACGAAGAGGGCAGGAGAUCGCCAGCCAUGCGGCCGCGCUCCCGCAGCCUCAGCCCUGGGCGCUCUCCCAUAUCUUUCGACCAUGAGAUCGUCAUGAUGAACCAUGUUUACAAAGAGCGUUUCCCGAAGGCCACGGCUCAGAUGGAGGAACGUCUGGCCGAGUUCCUGUCCUCCUCAGCUCCAGAGAAGGUCAUGCAUCUGGCCGACGGUGUCUUGAGCUUCAUCCACCACCAGGUGAUUGAGCUGUCCCGAGACUGCCUGGAGAAAUCGCGAGAGGGCCUCAUCACCUCCCGGUACUUCUACGAGCUGCAGGAGAACCUGGAGAAACUGCUACACGAUGCUCAUGAGCGUUCGGAGAGUGUUGAGGUGACCUUCGUCACCCAGCUCAUUAAGAGGCUGAUGAUAAUCAUCGCUCGGCCGGCCCGGCUGUUGGAGUGUCUGGAAUUUGACCCUGAGGAGUUCUAUCACCUGCUGGAAGCUGCAGAAGGCCAUGCAAAAGAAGGCCAGGGAAUCAAAUCGGACAUCCCUCGUUACAUCAUCAGUCAGCUGGGCCUUACGAGAGACCCCUUGGAAGAAAUGGCCCAGCUGACCAGUUAUGACAGUGGAAACUCAGAAACACCAGAGACUGAAGUCAGCGUUGACUCCUCUGAAAGUCGAGGUGCAACGGUACAGCCACCUCAACCACAGGCAAAGGCCAAAACGCCAAGAGAAGAGGACUUUGAGACCAUCAAACUCAUCAGUAAUGGAGCUUACGGGGCUGUGUUUCUGGUGAGGCAUAAAGAGACACGUCAGCGUUUUGCCAUGAAAAAGAUCAACAAGCAGAACUUGAUUCUGAGGAACCAGAUCCAGCAGGCGUUUGUGGAGAGGGACAUCCUCACGUUUGCCGAGAAUCCAUUCGUCGUUAGCUUUUUCUGCUCCUUCGAAACACGCAGACACCUCUGCAUGGUCAUGGAGUAUGUAGAGGGUGGGGACUGUGCCACUCUACUGAAGCACAUCGGUGCUCUGCCUGUGGAUAUGGCACGCAUGUACUUCGCUGAAACCGUACUGGCACUGGAAUACCUCCACAACUAUGGCAUUGUACACCGUGACCUCAAACCUGACAAUCUUCUAAUCACUUCAAUGGGACACAUCAAACUGACAGACUUUGGCCUGUCGAAGAUUGGCCUUAUGAGUCUCACCACUAACCUGUAUGAAGGCCACAUUGAGAAAGACACACGCGAGUUCUUAGAUAAACAGGUAUGUGGGACACCGGAGUAUAUCGCCCCGGAGGUGAUCCUCAGACAGGGUUAUGGGAAACCAGUGGACUGGUGGGCCAUGGGAGUCAUCCUGUAUGAGUUUUUGGUGGGCUGCGCUCCUUUCUUCGGAGACACCCCCGAGGAACUGUUUGGGCAAGUCAUCAGCGAUGAGAUCGUGUGGCCUGAGGGGGAUGAAGCUCUACCUCCAGACGCUCAAGACCUCAUCUCUAAACUGCUCCGACAAAACCCACUAGAGCGAUUGGGAACAGGAAGUGCGUUUGAGGUGAAGCAGCAUAGGUUCUUCAUUGAUCUGGACUGGAACAGUCUCCUGAGGCAGAAAGCAGAGUUUAUCCCUCAGCUUGAGUCUGAAGAGGAUACCAGCUACUUUGACACUCGCUCAGACAGGUAUCACCAUGUGGACUCUGAGGAAGAGGAGGAUACAAAUGAUGAUGAGCAUGUGGAGAUCCGUCAGUUCUCCUCCUGUUCGCCACGAUUUAACAAGGUGUACAGCAGUAUGGAGCGUCUCUCCCUGCAUGAGGAGAAGCGCACUCCUCCCCCCACCAAGCGCAGUCUCAGUGAGGAGGGUGCCGAGAGACUCGACAGUCUCAGCAGCCUCAAGUCACGAGACCGCAGCUGGAUGGUGGGCUCACCUGAAAUUUUGCGUAAACGCCUGUCGGUGUCCGAGUCCUCACACACCGAGAGCGACUCCAGCCCCCCUCUUACGGUGCGCCGCCGCUGCUGCUCUGCAAUCAUCGAAAUGCCUCGGUUUGCUAUCUCCACCGAGGAGGAGAGUGCCAGGAAGACUCCAAUUAGGGCUCAGCGCAGUGAAGAGCUCCCUACUGCAAUACCAGAACUCCCAGUGGAGAGGGAGCUCCGACUGGAUGAGUCUCCCAUCACACCAGGCUCCACUUCCAGCCAAGCCACUCGUGGCACGCUCACACCUGGCAGUUGUGGGGAUUCUGCGGAUCGAGGUUCUCCUCGCUGCAGCAGUAAUGAGGGAGCAGAUAAUUCCACUCCUAAAGCCAUCAGCGACCUGGCGGUCCGUCGAGCUCGUCAUAGACUGCUGUCAGGAGACACGGAGAAACACACAUCACGGCCACUCAACAAGGUCAUCAAAUCAGCCUCGGCCACUGCACUGUCGCUCAUGAUACCAACAGAGCAUCACGGAGCUUCUCCUCUGGCCAGCCCCAUGUCCCCUCACUCCCUGUCCUCCAAUCCGUCGUCUCGGGACUCAUCUCCCAGCAGGGACCUAUCACCGGCUGUUUGCAGUGUGAAACCUGCCAUCGUUAUCCACCGAGCAGGCAAGAAGUAUGGCUUCACGCUGCGCGCCAUCCGUGUCUACAUGGGAGACACUGAUAUCUACACCGUACACCAUAUGGUCUGGCAUGUGGAGGCGGGAGGACCAGCCCAUGAAGCAGGUCUAAGAGAGGGCGACCUCAUCACACACGUUAAUGGAGAACCAGUCCACGGCCUUGUUCACACAGAGGUCGUGGAGCUCAUUCUCAAGAGUGGAAAUAAGGUGUCUAUAUCAGCCACGCCCUUUGAGAACACAUCCAUUAAGAUUGGUCCAGCUCGUAAAAGCAGCUACAAGUCUAAAAUGGCUCGUCGCAACAAAAAGACCAAAACACGAGAGGGACAGGACAGUAAGAAGAGGAACUCCCUUUUUCGGAAGAUCACUAAGCACUCGUCUCUCCUGCACACCAGUCGCAGCUUGUCAUCUCUGAAUCGUUCUGUGUCAUCGGGUGAGAGUGUACCUGGAUCUCCCACACACAUGUCCCCUCGCUCUCCAACACAGGGCUACCGCUCCACACCGGAUUCAGCCCACUCUGUUGGGGGAAAUUCAUCUCAGAGCAGCUCUCCCAGCUCCAGCGUGCCAAACUCUCCUGCCAGUUCUGGUCAGAUCCGGCCCAGUUCCCUGCAUGGCCUGGCCCCAAAGCUGCAGCGCCAGUACCGCUCCCCUCGGCGCAAGUCUGCUGGUAACAUUCCCCUGUCACCGCUGGCUCGAACUCCCUCACCAACACCCCAGAGCACCUCUCCUCAGCGCUCCCCUUCUCCGCUGCCCAGCCAUGCACUCCUGAGCUCCUCCAUUGGUCAGUCCUUUCCUGUCAAACUACACUCUUCUCCUCCGCUAGUGCGCCAAAUUGCUCGUCCGAAGAGUGCUGACCCGCCUCGUUCACCUCUUCUGAAACGUGUUCAGUCAGCUGAGAAACUGGCAGCCUCACUCUCGUCGUCCUCCUCAUCUCCCUCUCCUUCGUCUGCUGCUGAUAAGAAGCUGCCGGUGGGCGCCAGCCGCAAGCACAGUCUGGAAAUCUCACACACAGAGUUUAAGAAGGACAUGCUCCAGCGGGAACCAAGUUUGCAGAGCUUGCAGGAGUGCCCUAGUGAGACUCUUCUGGGAGGAAGGGUGUCUCCAGCAGAAAAGGGCACUCUGCAGAAGCCUUUAGCCCGUAAGCUAGGUCGGCAGGAAGGCCCUGACUCUGCCACUGGAUCUUUAGGGCUGGCUCCUGGUAAGAGCAAGCUGAAGGACAAGCUGUCAGCUAUCCGACAGGACCGUGCCGAACGCAGAGAGUCUCUGCAGAAGCAGGAUGCCAUCCAUGAAGUGGAUUCCUCCGAGGAUGAGACAGACGAAGGUUCAGAGGACAGCCAGGAUGGACGCAGGACAACUUUUGUCCCUCCUAGCCAUGUGCUUCGGCCCACAAGUGUAAUAGGAUCCGCACAUGUCAGGACAGGGCCUGCUGCUUUAACUACUCUGUCUCUGACCCCAUGUACAUCAGCUCAGCCCAGCUCCCCUCAGCUGAGCCAAGGUCUCCAGGCCCAAAACCAGAUGCAAGCCCAACCUCCAUCGUUGGCAGCUAAUGUCUCUGAGGAAAAACCCACCCAGACCUUGAUAUCCACUCCCUCUGUUGCCUCUACCUCAGCACUACUGGAUAAUUCCAGCAAGAGACAGGGAAAGGUUCAGGAUUCUGUGUCCAGCAGUAAAACAUCUGGUCCUCAACCCAGCUCUCUGACCAGCACUUUUUCUACACCUGGUAGCGCAUUUACCACUGUCAGCAAGGACCCUUUUGUUAAACCCUCAGCGCCCCCUCCCGACCGCAGGACUGCCAGAGUCAGCAGCAAGCAAGAGCCCAGUACAGUGCCUGUCAUAACCCGGGAACCCCAAACCCCUACUCCACCAAAUGGAGGCAUCACUAAAGAGAUGAAGGAGGCAGACAACCGGAGACAAGUCGCAGCUGCCGCUGCUGCAGCAUCCUCCUCCACCAGCUCCACAGCAGCUGAGAGUGGAGUGGAUAAAGUGGUUUCUCAGCUGGCCACAGUGGCCAAGAGUGUACUAGGGCCAGUAAAGCUGAACAUCCCAGGGACCAAAGAAGCUACUGAACGGAGCAAGGAGGCCAGACCCCAUGCAGACACGAUGCACCCAAAAAGCAAAGAUCCACAUUUGAACAGUUCUCGUUUUCCUGAAAAGACAUUUCCAUCAGUUGCUUCUGUCUCCCAAACAGUUCGGCAGUCUCAAUCCCUCACUCGACAAUCCCCUACAAUAUCCGAGCUACCUUCAACUUCACAGAGGUUCCAAGAGACUGAAGGAGCUUCAAAGAGGCCUUCCACCCCAAAACACAGCUCAUCAGGCCCAGAAGAGGCCCAGGAGAGGCCAGGAACUCCACGGAGCAGUGCCUCCCAGAGGCCCAGCCCUGAAGCACAUUCCCAGAACCAGGCCAAACCCAGUUCCUCCACACAGCAAGACAAAUCCAGCAAGAAGAAAUAGCCUUGCACAGAAAAAAAAAUGACAACUCACCUAGCAUGCGUGUUAAAAAAUAUAUAUAUAUACUUCACACUAACUGUGGGAGGAAAUAAAUGAAAGAAGUAAAUACAAGCAAAGGAGCUCAGCAGCUUCAUUGUGACUUGUGGGCUUCGGAUUGCUUUUGUUUUCCCCUUUAUCACUUUUCUCAACAUUUGUUUUAUUAAGUUCAGAAAAAAAAAGAAAAUAUGGGGCUAGAAAUAAACUGUUUGAAAGACGAAAAUAGUAACAUUCAGUGUCUGCUCACUUGAAUAUUAGGUUCAGUUUAUUUGCAGUUUUAGAGCUAGUGGUGCCUUAAUAAAAACUUAAGUCCUCACUUGUAAAUCCGUUUGCCAUUCAUUGGUGGAGGUAAGAUGUAUCUCAGCAAUAAAAUCAGUGUAUGCUUAGCAAUUUGUAUUACUGGAGUAGAAUCCUGCAUUAGGUUGGCUGAAAUCCACCACUACAUUUUCCCUCAGUUGUUAUUAUUAUACUGGUAACAGUCCGAGUACUGUACAAAUUAUAUGCCUGAUUUCUGAAGAGUCUGGAUUAUUACACACUUCUCAGUAAUGCUAAAAUUAAUUCUGGUUUAUUUCCACAAAAGAGCCUGUAAUCUUGUUUAAAACAGGUUUCCCAGGUCAAAACAACAGGUUAAAUUAGAUGUGUGUUUAAAAAAAAAAAAAAAAUCACAUCUGUCAUUUUUUCAUCGUGUUUCAAAUUGCUGAGCUGUAGCUCCUCAUACAGAUCUGUAGAAACUUGUUUCGUCUGCCAGGUUCCAUGUGUUAUUAGUGACGGUGAAACAUCUGGCCACAUGUACUUGCUUGAUGUAUCGAUGAUUGUAUAUGGUCAACUGAUAUUCAUACUGAAAAAAGCACUCCAAAUUGGAAAUGUUUUAAUGUUUUUAUUUCUAGCCCCUGCUCUCUUUUUUAUUAUUAUUAUUAUUAUUAUUAUUAUUAUUAUUAUUAAUAAUAAGCAACUGAAACAGUUUUAUUUUUAGGAUCUGGACCAACUUGCUGUGUUCUUUCUGUAUAUUUGCCACUAACCUUUUAAAGUCAGAAAACUUGUACAGGCUUGUUAAUGAGUGAGUGCGUGCGUGCGUGCGUGCGUGCUUAUAUAAAUGAAUAUUUAAAGUUCUGUGUCAGUUUUAUAUCCGAGUGUAUUGGGAGUGUAUCUUAGAUUAGAUUCUGUCUUUGCCGUUUCAGCUGUGUCUGAUAUAGACAUUUAUUACGAGCAGGCAAGGAUGUAUUUGCACAAUCCCUUUUUACUUUGUGUCAUAUGAAAAUGAAAACUAAUAAAAUACAGUCCAAUCAGAUCCCAGGGCUUGUUGGGGUCUUGAGGGGUUUGACCAAUCAUUUAACCCCUUGUUAAUUGUCACGUGGCUACAUUUAUGUGUUUACACCAACUUGAGUGAAACAGAUGCUUGUGGAAGUUUAAGUGCACUCUUCUGUUUCUCCUAUUGCGUUUUUAAGCCUAUUUGUGCGGACAUUUACAGAAUAUCAAAUACUUUCAUUUUGUGUUUUGGGUGUGUUUUUUUUUCCCCCUUCAAUGCUGUACUAAUACUAUGUUAGUCAACGAAGACUUCAUAACUGAUCCAGUUUUAAACAGUGUUUUAUUCAUUGCAGCACAUUCAUGAAUGUCAUUUCAUAGCAAAUCUGAUUAUGUAAGGACUUUCAGUUCUGGAAGUCCCACAGUUUAAAAACAACCUUACUGUAGUUUGCAGCUAAGUUUGAUUUAUUAACAUCUUAGAAAUGAGUAGUCACAUGAUGGUCUGUACAGUAAUUCAGAAAUGUUCCGUCGGUAUGAAAUGAAAAGCUUUUGACGGCUCUUGGAGCCCGAAGCUUCAUUUCAAGCUUCACGGUUUCUGUGAGUGUUUUACAUUUUUUAUGUCUUAUUGUCAGAAUUGACAUUUUACUUCGAAGUGGCUCUUUCCUGAAUUCCCAGCUUGAUGCGCAGGACCAAACAUUGAGCUGAAGCAAUCUGUUCCCUCCAGAAGAUAUCAGACAAACCUUUUACCUCUUUAUUAGGACUGAGUCUAGGAUGGAGGUGGGUAGAGCUUACGAAAAGUGUUAGUGGCUUAUUUUAACCGUAAGCUAUGGACUGUAAUGAUCUAACAGAGUUUAAUUUUAUCAAAGUCGAGCACAGUUUGUCGAUUUGCCGAUAUUUAAUCGAAAAUCUCCCAUUGAAAAUAAAAUGUCAGAUUUGGAAAACCAGCCUUUAUCUUUUGGUGGCAUCAUUCUCGAUUAAACUGACCGAUCUUACAUGCAGUCUUCAUGACUGGGCCAAACCUACGAGUGUCUAACUAUAGGAGGCCCAAGUAGGUGUGUGUUAGGAAGGAAAUCACCAGGGAUGGUCUCCAGCAGGCCACUGGAUUUGAAUGUCUAUUACAGUCCACAGCAUAUGGUUAAGCAUAAUAAUUAUACCUUGUUACUGUACUGUUAAUAUAAUAUCCAAGUAAUGUUAAAUUUGGAAUAAUUAGGAAGAAAACGUGUCUGAAGCUUGGCUUUUUGGGCUAACUGUGGUAUGUAUUGUACUCACACACACACUCACUGUUGGAUAGUUAUACUAUAUGUUCAGAUUUGGUUAGAGUGCCAGAAUCCUGUGGAGUUGUUCACUAAUAAGUCUCACAGCCUUAUGUCAUCUCUCUCUCACACACUCACACUUUAAGAAUACGGUAUUACAGCCAGCCUUUCUCACCCUCUGUCUUUUAAAAUGAAACCACUAAAGCACCAGUGAAUAAAGAAACCAGCAAGACAGUCACGCAGCAUAUAAUAAGUAUAUGAAAAACAGCUGGACGGAAUAGGUGCUACACCACUUUCCUGAGGGAUUUCCGCAGUACAUGGAGAUUAUAAUAUAUUUCCUGUCUUCUCUGUGGGUUUGUUUUAUUUCAUUUUUACGAAAAACAGGUUGUAUAAUAAUAAUAAAUGAACAGAGAUGCGAUUUGAAAAAGAAAAUAACUGCUAGUUAAACCAGUGCAAUAUCUUUUUAAUUUCUAUUGUGGUUAAGACGCAUGUUUGUUGUAACUCCUUCCUUAAGAACAAUAAAGAUUUUUUUGUUUUUUUGUUUUUUUUAAAA